AUGGCUCUCCCAAUCAGCAGCCCAUCACCCCGUCUAGAUCGCUUCGGACAAGCCAUGCAAUCUGUUUACGGAAGUUUCACCAGCAUCGAGAAUCCAAAAGACUGGACCCCACCGCCAAGAUCGGGCGGCCAUCGGGGACGUUACCUAUGGACAGAUGCAUUUGGGGUUAUCAACUUUCUCACAAUGCAUAACGAGUAUAAAAGAUCGGGCAACGAGGAUUUUGGCGAUGACCGGUACCUAGUGCUGGCCAGCCGUUUGGUCGAGACCGUCCAUGAAAUUCUUGGUAAAACGCGAGACGGCCGCUCAAGGCUACGAGGAGCAACAGACGCGAACCCAUUAGCCGGUGGAUUGAGGAUCGGCAAGACAGAUGCUCGCGGUCCAGACGCUGAUGGGCAAUAUCAUCAUUACCUAACGGUGUGGAUGUUUGCAUUGAACAGGAUGACCAGAGCAUCUGGGGAUAUGAAGUACAAUAGGCAAGCUAUAGAGCUGGCAAAAGCGAUCCAUCCGAGGUUUUUCAUUGAUCGUGCGGCACCUCGGCCGAGAAUGAUUUGGAAGAUGAGCAUGGAUCUCUCGGAACCAAUGGUCAAAUCCGAGGGCAAUCUUGAUCCGAUUGAUGGUUAUGUUGUUUUCCGACUCCUACAGGCUACAGCCAUCGAAGCAGGCGAUGGCGCAGUCUUGACCGAGGAAAUUGACGACUACAAACGCACAAUGGAGCGCAAAGGAGAGCAUUUUGUUUCAAGUGAUCCUCUGGAUUUAGGGAUGACUUUGUGGACAGCACAUUGGUUUUCCGAGCGAGAGAACUGGGCUGCUGAGCUAGCUGGGAAAUGUUUCGAGCAAAUAUACAAUCUGUUUGAGAUCAAUCGAUAUUUGGAGCGUAAUAUUAGGUACCGAUUGGCCUUUCGUGAGUUCGGUACUUCCAUGGGCAUUCAAUGCCAAUCCGAAGUGAGCGUGGAAAAAGAGCGCUCAGUGGAUUUGAAAUGCUAUUCUGAUGCCAUCAUUGCUGCUUGGGACCCGUAUAUGCACCUGGCCAUAUCUGAUGAUUUGACACCAGAGGAUUUGAGGCCUAUAACGCGAGUGAUGUAUGCAUCGGCGUUGAUCCCAGGGGCAUUUCGAGCCGGGUUUUUGGGCCAGGAACCAGCGGUAUCGCUCGAAGGAUGA